AUGGUUGAUUGUAACGAAAUGGCAGGAGACUCGCAAGUGCGGUGCCCGGCGUCCCAGGGCGCGGCCGCGACAUUGAAGAUGUAUCAGCACUAUGGAGGGCAAAAGAAAUUACAACGGAGUUUGCGAAUGGGACUAACGCUAAUGGUGCUGCUUGCAAGCACGUCUCUGCACUAUAGCUGCCAAUCAUUUUUCUCGAUUGUUGGAGGCGCCUCCGCCUCGGGAAAGGCAACUUCAGAAUGUGUGGCGUCCCAAGACGGAAAUACGACGUGCACGUGCCUCAAAGAGGAUUCUCAAACAACAACCCUUCCUGCAAUGCUUUCAGAAGAAAAAAAUGUGUUGCAGGUGAGCUGCCAGAAUGAACUACAUUGCGCUCCCGACGACCUGAGCGGCCAGAAGGUCUGCCCAGGAACCACAGACAACCUGCAUGACUGCAAACCAAGAGGCGGCAAAAUUACAUGCAUCGACGUCAACGAUCUGCUGACAAAAUCUGAAAAAAGCGUCACCUGGAAGGCAGGAUCCACCUCUAACACCCCCACGAAGACACUAACAAUCCCGAGUGAGAGGUUUCCGUUCACUGACAAAAAAUUCGUCGUCGGUUGCGUCAACGAUGGGAAGAGCGCAGACCACUGCAAAGUGACUGUGACAGUGGCGGCAAGAGCAACUGCAAAGAACGACCAGACCGUCACGUGUGCUUACGGAGCAAGCAGCAAUAAGGAACCUCAGACCAUCACGCUGAGUCCCUCGCAAAACACGUUCACACUGGUUUGCGGAACUGACGGAGAUAUUCUGCCGAGCACGUACCAGAAAAAGUACUGCGGUAGCUCAGAAAACAAUACCACCAGUGCGUGCGAAGAAAAAGACUACACCUCGAUCAUCACGACAUACCAAGAAACGUGGUGGCAGAAAACACCCGAAGGAACAAACGUUUAUACACUGGAGAUUCCGCCGAACGAUUUCCCGACAGAGUCCGCAAAUAUUGUGGUCGGGUGCACAAAGGCAGCCACUAACGCGUUGAACGUAAACCAGGACCCUAGUGAAACAGAUUCGUCGAGUGUGUGUAAGGUUGUGGUCACGAUCGAGGCUUUGGAAAAUAGAUCGUCUGCAACAAUGUCCGGGGUGAUGGCUUCCCUGGUUUUGGGAGGAGUGGCGUUCAUUGGUGUGUUGGCGCAUGCUAUGUGA